AUGGCAAGAAUGACUAGGUUGCCUCUCCUGCUGCUGCUGAUGAUCUUCUGGCUCCUGCCUCCAACUACUGCUAAGAGGAUGCAAACCAUAUGCAUUUUCAGAAACCCUUUACAGAUUCAAGAUCAAUGGGAAUAUUACAGGCCUGGUGAUCUGAUUAUUGGUGGGAAUUUACCCCUGGCAACCAUUUCUUCUGCCAGCAUCCCAGACUUUCAAAACGACCCAUUCCUCCUUACUUAUAAAAUGAUAUAUGAAUCCAAAAGCUACCAGCAGUUCUUAGCCUUGAUGUUUGUAGUCGCAGAAGUCAACAAAGAUCUGGUUCUCCUCCCAAAUAUCACCCUUGGCUUCCACAUUUAUAGCAAUUUCCAGGUUGAGAGGAAGAUUUCCUUGAUCAGUCUCUUCUUACUCUCCUCACAAGAUCAAAUGAUUCCAGGUUAUAAAUGUGACCGGCAAGACAUUCUGCUUUCUGUCAUUGGAGGUCUCAAGUCCAAAUCCUCAAGGCAGAUGGCUUCCAUCUUCAGCAUCUUCAAGGUCCCACAGAUUCUUUCCAGUUUGAGGAAAGUCCAGUUCAACAACAGUGCUGGAGUUGAAGUCUCCUUCUCAGAAAAUGGACUGGGAUCUGCUCAUUAUGAUCUUUUCAAUUGGCGUUUCCUCCCCAAUCGAUCUUUUGUCCCUGUGAAAGUUGGAGAGAUAGAUCCCAGGGCUCCACCAGAGCAGGUUUGCUGCUACCAAUGUGACGCUUGUCCAGAAAGGACCAUUUCUAAUCAGACAGAUGCAGCCCACUGUGAUCCUUGCCCAGAAGACCAAUAUCCCAACAAGGACAAGGACCAGUGCAAAGUCAAGAAACUCCACUUCCUGGCCUAUCAAGAGACUUUGGGAUACACUUUAGCUGCUUUUGCUCUCUGUCUCUCUGUGAUCACUUCUGCAGUCCUGCUGGUUUUCUAUAAACAUCAUGACACACCAAUCGUCAAGGCCAACAACCGAGAUCUCACCUACAUCCUCCUGGUCUCCCUCCUGCUCUGCUUCCUCUGCUCCUUCCUCUUUAUUGGUCAACCAGGGAAGGUCACCUGUCUCUUCCGACAAAGUGCCUUUGCCAUUCUCUUCUCCCUUGCAGUUUCCACUAUCCUGGCAAAAACUAUCAUGGUGGUUCUGGCCUUCAUGGCUACCAAGCCAGGAAACAAGACAAGGAAAUUCUUAGGGAAACCAUUGACCAACUCCAUUGUCUUAGUCUGUCCUUUGAUUCAAGCAAUUCUUUGUGUCCUGUGGCUGACAAUUUCUCCCCCAUUUCCUAACUUGGAUUUUCAUUCCUUGUUUAGAGAAGCUAUCUUAGAAUGCAAGGAAGGCUCAGCUUUAAUGUUUUAUGCUGUCCUUGCCUAUCUGGGUUUUUUGGCCCUUGUCAGUUUCACAAUGGCUUUUCUGGCUAGGAAACUGCCUGACAGCUUUAAUGAAGCCAAAUUCAUUACUUUCAGCAUGCUGGUUUUUUGCAGUGUUUGGAUCAGCUUCCUCCCCACCUAUCUGAGCACCAAGGGAAAGUCCAUGGUGGCUGUGGAGAUCUUCUCCAUCUUGGCCUCUGGGGCUGGUCUCUUGGCUUGCAUCUUUUCCCCCAAAUGCUACAUUAUCCUGCUGAGGCCCGAUCUGAAUUGCAGAGAGAAUAUAAUGAGGCAUAAGAAUUGAUGAUUUAUGCGGUGGCUGGGAACUGUUAUUUUGAUUUUUGUAUUUAAUCUGAUUUCUUAAAAAUGACAAAAUAAGAAAGACGGGUUUGGAAAUCAAGUGAUGUGACUAAUCAGAAGGUAUCUGUUAAUCAGUAACAAACUCCUACCCUUUUAUUGUACAUUAAUGUGUUGCUUUGGUUUUAAUGUUUGCGUUUUUAUGCAUGUUUGUUUUCAUAGAUCCCUGAGGCUUUGUUGAGUUCCUCACUAGGAUUUUAAUUCAAUCAACUAUUAGCAAUUUUCCCUACAACUUAAAUGACCCAGAUUUUUACUCUCUAUUAAACAGAUUAAUGUACCUUAUUAAUAAAUAAAUGAUAUGAAAUUGUUAUUAAUAAACAUUUUCUUUGUGGUUC